AUGAUAAUGGGUGAAAGUGAUGAAUUUGAUAUUGUAUUGUUGAAUGGACGCGUAAUGGAUCCUGAAUCGGGUCUCGAUGAUAUUCGAAACAUUGGAAUUCGAAAUGGAACUAUUACCGCUAUUGAUACAAAACCUUUGUCUGGUAAAAUAAUUCUAGACGUUAAAGAUUUAGUGGUUUGUCCAGGUUUUAUUGAUGUCCACUGUCAUUCACAAGAUAAAGAACAUUAUGCAUUGAAGGCUCAAGAUGGUGUUACAUCUGUAUUUGAGCUUGAAGUUGGCACAAAUGACGUUGAUAAAUGGUAUAAUGAACGAAAAAAUAAUAGUUUAAUCAAUUAUGGUGUUGGCAUUGGACAUAUUCAAGUAAGAAUGAAAAUUUACAAUCAUUCACCAGCAUUUUUACCUAAAGCCGAUUCUCCUGCAGCCAUUCAACAGGCAACGGAUGAUGACUUAGAGAAAAUUAAAAAUGAAAUUGAAUUUGGAAUAAAACGAGGUGCAAUGGCACUCGGUUUCGGUAUUCAUUAUACACCAGGAGCAUCUCGAUGGGAAAUUAUUGAAUGUUUUCGACUAGUAAAAAAAUAUAACAUAUCCGCGCACGUUCACAUGCGUUAUUUUGGUGCACAAGAGGUCGAUGGUAGUAUGGCUGCUUUAGAAGAGAUAAUUGCUGUAUGUGUAUGCACUGGAGCUACAACUCAUAUCUGUCAUAUUCAUAGUACAAGUCUUACAGCUACAUCCAAAAAUCUACAACUUAUUUCAGAAGCAUAUUCAAAUGGUAUUAAUAUAACAACCGAAUAUUAUCCAUACACGGCUGGUUGUAGUUCCAUUGAUUCAUUUAUUUUCGACGGUAAUUGGCGUGAACAACUAAAUAUUGAUUAUAAAGAUUUACAAUAUGUGUCAACUGGUGAACGAUUAACUAGGGAAACAUUUGAGAAAUAUCAUCAAAUUGGUGGAUCUGUCAUUAUCUACUCUAUACCUGAACAAGCUGUUGAUGACUGUAUUAAACAUCCAUUAGCAUUUAUGGCCAGUGAUGCACUUAAAGGUCAUCCGAGGGCGGCUGGUAGCUGUGCACGAAUAUUAGGCCAUUACGUUCGAGAGCGAAACAUAAUAUCACUAAUGGAGGCAAUUAAGCAAAUGACAUUAAUGCCAGCACGGCAAUUGGAAAGUGCAUCGUCCCAAAUGAAGAAGAAGGGGCGAAUCUCGAUUGAUGCCGAUGCUGAUAUUUGUGUAUUUGAUCCUCGUACAAUUCAUGAUCAAGCUACAUAUGAACAGCCAACAAUACCGUCGUCUGGUAUUCAACAUGUUUUAGUAAAUGGUGUUGUUAUUUUGCAAGACAAAUGUUUAAAAAAUAAUGUGACACCUGGAUGUGCAAUUCGUGGUCCUCUAAGUGACUAA